AUGGCUGCCGAAACAGCGGCGGAAACCCGCACUAAGCUCGCCUAUAAGAAUCGAUGGAAGACUUUGGCAAAUAAUCCCAAGCUCAUGGUGAUUGCCCUGUUUGCCUCAUUUGGUGGCUUCGAAUAUGGCUAUCAACAGGGUGUUCUCGGCCAAUCCCUGGUCAUGUACCGCUUCAAGGACAACUUCCCCAACGUUGUCGCCUCGUCCAGUGCCACUGGUUGGCUGACCUCCAUCCUCCAGCUUGGUGGUAUUCUCGGCUCUCUCUCUGCUGGCGUCCUCGGCGAGGUUAUUUCCCGUAAAUAUACCAUGUUCUCGGCCUGCUGCUGGGUCAUUCUUGGUAGCUACCUCUACUGCGGCGCUACGUAUCAUAAUUCCUCCCUGCUGUAUGCCGGCCGCUUCUUCACUGGCCUCGGUGUUGGCACUUUCAGUGGUGUUGGACCUUUAUACAACGCCGAAUUAUCCGCUCCCGAGCUCCGUGGCUUCCUCGUUUCCUUCUACCAGUUCUGUACGAUUCUCGGCAUCAUGCUCUCCUUCUGGAUCGGCUACGGCAGUAACAACAUUGGCGGGUUCGGUGAGAACCAAUCCGACCUAGCAUGGAGAUUGCCCUCGAUCAUUCAGGGUAUCCCCGCAGUUCUCCUCGCCGGCGGUAUAUGGUGGCUUCCAUUUUCUCCCCGCUGGCUGGUCAAGAAGGGCCGCAACGAGGAGGCUCUUAAGACGCUCUCAUACCUGCGCAAGCUCCCCGAAGACCACGAACUAGUCCAGGUGGAAUACAAGGAAAUCCAAGCAGAGUGUCUCUUUGAGCAGCGCGCUUUUGCUAAAUCUUUCCCCAACCUGGCCGCCAAGGAGGAAGGGAGCAUCUGGACCCGAGAGUUCGCCCAGUACUAUGACAUUGUCCGCACCAAGGAUAACUUCAAGCGCGUUGCUACCGCCUGGCUGGUGAUGUUCUGGCAGCAAUGGUCUGGUAUCGAUGCCAUCAUUUACUACGCCAGUAACGUCUUUGAAAGUCUCGGUUUGACUGGCGGAACUCAAGCACUCCUCGCCACCGGUGUCACCGGCGUCGUCUUCUUCGUCUCAACCCUCCCCGCCAUGGCCAUCAUCGACAAGGUCGGCCGUAAACCCAUGCUCUACGUCGGCUCCGUCGUCAUGUGGAUCUCAAUGGUCCUGGCGGGUAUCAUCGUUGCCAAGUUCCAGCACGAUUGGGUUACUCACGCAGCUGCCGGCUGGACCGCCGUUGCAUUCAUCUGGGUCUACGUGGGGGCCUUUGGUGCUACUUGGGGCCCUGUGUCCUGGACUCUGGUCGCCGAGAUAUUCCCUCUUUCCAUUAGAUCGAAGGGCUCUUCCAUCGGUGCUUCCAGUAACUGGCUCAACAACUUCGCCGUCGCCUUCUAUGUCCCCCCCAUGUUCGAGAAGCUCGAAUGGGGAACCUACAUUUUCUUCGCCGUAUUCCUCGCCGGUAGCAUUGUCUGGAUUUACUUCUGCCUCCCCGAAACCAAGGGCGCCACGCUUGAAGAGAUGGACCGUGUUUUUGGCAGCCACACAGGCGAGGAGGAUGCCAUUUUGCUCAAUGAGGCGAGGAGAGACGUCGGCCUUCUUGAUCUCCUUGAGCAGGAUGCCAUCAAGGCCGAGAAGGAUAUGUUGAAUGAGAGCGAGAAGCAAGAGCACCGUGAAGAUGUGGAGGCUACUCGAUAA